AUGUCAAUUCAACCGCCAGCAUGGAUGCUGGCAGCGGCACGAAAUGCUGUAAAAGUAUCAGGUGUCAACCCAGACGAAGCAUUCGCUGCUAGGAUCCGUGAUGUAAGGAAGCAGGCAGAAGCAUGUAGCAAGCAACAUCAAGAAACGAAGAGCUUGCUAGCGAAGAAGCUGGAGGAGCUGAGUCCGAAGUCAGUAUUGAAGUCUUCGGAUAGGUUUGAACAGGCAAACGUCAGAGAAGAGUCCAGCAGCACUGAGCGACAACUUGUAAAGACAAGCGCUACUGGCACCGUGGCCGGCUCUAAAGCGAUCAUACGAACAUCAGAUAGUAGCAAGCGAAAGGAGGCAGUAAAAACUCCAGAAAAAAAGCAGAGUAAGAAAGUAAGGUUUCUUACUGAGCAGGUGGAGAAGGACUCGUCACUGAAAGACACUGCUCGACAACCACAAAAGACGGCAUCGACCACAGCAGGAAACGAUUCGAAUCCCAACGAGACCGUUCCUGCACUGUCGAAAUCACUGCCAUCUUCCCAAUACAAAGUAGAGGAAUAUAACGUACCCCUGGACCUGCCAGAAUGGUACACCUCUAUCUCCAUUGACAACAGACACAUGAAGCAUCUGUCCAAACGACGGCCCCCUGCUCUCACAGCCCUAGACGCCCUCAAAGACCUCGCUCGCCAAUGUGAAGAAGCCCCCAAAAAGAACCGAUCCGGCGAUCUCCCCAACCUCUACAACAAACUCCGUGAUCUCAUCCACAAAGCCGAAAUCAUUCUCCCCGUAACCCACCACAUACUCCGCAAAGCCCACAUGCUCUCUCCUCAAACCGGCCUCCCCCGCAUCUUUCGCGCACAAGCAAACUUCCCACCCGACAUCAAAGCAGACAGCUACCAACUCUACAAGCGCUGGUACGCAGGAAACCUAACCCAAGACCUCCUCCGCGGCAUCAUCACCAAAAAAUCCACAAACCGCUCCUCCGACUCCAUCUGCCCCAUCUACCGCACCAAAUACCCCGUAACAGCAAAGUACAUUGGCCAAGGCGACCUCGUCCCCGGCCAAUGGUGGCCCACUCAGCUCUGCGCCGUCCGCGACGGCGCCCACGGCACCCCCCAAGGCGGCAUCUUCGGCAGCAAAUCCCACGGCGCAUAUUCCAUUGUGCUUUCCAGCGGAACCGGGUACGCGGACCACGACGCCGGCGACACAAUCUAUUAUUCGGGUACCGAAAACAGCGACAACACGGGUUCCGUCACGGAGAAUACCAAACACUUGCUUACGUCGCUGCAGACGCGGGAUCCGGUGAGGGUGCUGCGGUCCGCGCAGCUGGGCAAGGCGAAUAAGUAUCGCCCGGAGAGGGGGAUCAGGUAUGAUGGCUUGUAUGUGGUGGUGGGGCAUGAGGUGCUGGAUGAGAAGAAGGGGGUGUUGAGGUUUCGGCUGGAGAGGUGCGACGGGCAGGAGGGGAUUAGGUGGGAGGGAGAGGCGAGGCGGCCGACGGUGUAUGAGGUGAGGGAGUACGAGCGGUUGAAGGAGGAGGGGGCGUGGAUGGGGGGUGUGUGUUGA